AUGAAGAUCCUCUAUAUGGGCGUUCUCCGGAACGAUUCUCAAUCAGCUCUCCAGCUCUGUGCCGAGAAGGACCUCUCUGCCUUUUCCCGUUUUACCCGUCAGAACUAUGAAGAGUUCUUGAUGCUCUUCUGCCGCACGGUCGCUGAGCGCACGAAGCCCGGACAGCGUCAGGAUGUCGAGGAGAAGUCAUACACAUUCCACGCCUACGGCCGAUCGGAAGGUGUGGCCGGCGUGAUCGUCACCGACGGCGACUACCCUGCACUAGUGGCCCACCAGCUCUUAUCCAAGAUCGUUGACGAGUUCCUCGCGAAGCACCCCCGCACAUCCUGGUCCGACCCGUCCACUCGCGAGAACGCAUGCCCCUUGCCGCAGCUGAAGGAAUACAUUGUCAAAUACCAGGAUCCCAAGCAGGCCGACAGCAUUAUGAAGAUCCAGCAGGAGUUGGAUGAGACAAAGAUUGUGCUACACAAGACUAUUGAGAGUGUGUUGGAGCGUGGCGAGAAGAUUGACUCAUUGGUUCAAAAGAGUGACGGUCUGUCCGCCCAGAGUAAGAUGUUCUAUACCCAGGCCAAGAAACAAAACUCCUGCUGUUCUCUGAUGUAA